UUUUGCCUUUUUUUUUUUCUUUUUUUUUCUUUUUUUUUCCUUCCUUUGAAAUGCAGUUUCUCUCUAUUAAUGGCACAACAUGACUCAAAACCUAUUUUGAAUUUGUACAUAACCACUGUCGACUAUAAUAGAAAAGAUCCUGUCUUCUGGAUACAAGCUACGACAAAUAUGGUGAAAUACAAACAGAAACAACGGCGUUUUCCAAGAUACUAUAGUGAACUUCAAAAAUUAGAUCGGCAUUUGGUUUCUACACUUGAUGAUGUUCUUCUUCCUGUUCUGCCUUAUUGUCCUCAACCUCAUCGAGAUAAGCAUGGUGCUUUGGUACCUCGACAAUGGUGGUUCAAUGUACACGCAGCAGCUAUUGACUACCAUCCAACUACGCAAUAUAACCAAUCGUCGUCAUCGUUGUCGUCGUCGUCGUCAAGCUCACCCAUCAUAUUGGCUUCAGACCGUCUAAUGGAUACCAACAAUACCGAUCCUUAUCGAAACGCAGCUUGGGAUAGAAAUAUACAACUCUGGUUACUUCGCAUUACUUCCCAUCCGCGGGUUAUUCCCAACGAAGGUUUACGUGAAUUUGUUGAAAGUGAAGUUGGGUUUCGACCACAACUCAAACCAACAAAAAGACAGAAGAAACUCUCAGGAUUGGAUAUCAAGGAACAAGAUAUGGAUCAAGAAUUUACUCUCACUUUGGAUCAAUUAGAAGAAUUUGAACAUCAAUUAGUCAAUGUACAACAGAAAACUCAAGAUCAAAUCAUGUUACAUGCUCUUUCUUCUGAUAUAUGGUCAGAUAUGGCUUCAAGUUGGAUUUCUUAUGGUGGUCAGGAACCUCAUCCCCUUUUAUUCAUUUUAUAUAAACGCAUGGCCAAAGGUUGUCAACAAUUGGUGGAUUUAGAACAAUCACAAAGGCUAUUAUUAACAGAAACAAUCGCUGGAGAGAUACACUAUCAAAUUAGAAAUGCUGAAGCAGCCAAGGCCUCAUUACAACGUCGAUUAAAUGCUUUUCAAGAUUACUUGGCUAGCCGGAAACAUACAGAAUCAUGUCUACGUCAUGUGGAUAGAUUGAAAUCUUCAAGUACGAUUGAUCGUGACAAAGUGAAUGAUGUGAUUGCUGAUUUGGAACAGGCACGAUCAGAUGAACAAAUUUAUUUUCAACGACACCAACGAAUCGAAAGGAAUUUACGUGAUGACCUUGAACGUCGAUACAAACGGGAUGUUUCUCAUGAUAUGAUUACGGCCAUUAAGGAAUAUGCAAGAGGUCAGUUACAUCUGGAACGGCAGAAAUUGGAUAUUUGGACAUCCGUGUAUCAUCAUCUCGUCUGAACCUAUCACCUCCUAUAUAUUUUAUAUAGUUUACUUAGUUAGAUCAUAUUUGUAUUUAUCUUGCCUUCUUUUUCAUAUUUGGAUCCUUUUUUUUUAUUUCUUUUUGUUUUUUUUUUACGAUACCUUCCAAUAAAGAGAAAUGAUUUUACGCCCUUGA